UCCCACCACCACCUACUAUUCUCCCCUCCCUUCCCCAUCCGCCCCGCGCGCCUCCCUCAGCUCACUCCCUCCCUCCAUCCCUCCCCCGGGCGCGCGAUGUCGUCGUCCUCGGCGCCGCUUUCGCCGCGCGUGGCGGAGGAGGACGAGGAGGGGGCCGCAAGAACCGACGGCGGCGGCACGGUGUUCUGCUACGGGGAGGCGGGGUACUGGGACGCGCGGUACGUGGAGGAGGGCGGCGCGCCCUACGACUGGUACCAGCGCUACGCCGCGCUGCGCCCCUUCGUCCGCCGCUUCGUGCCGCCGGCCUCGCGCCUCCUCAUGAUCGGCUGCGGCUCCGCGCUUAUGUCAGAGGAUAUGGUCGCUGAUGGCUACAGGGAGAUUAUAAACAUUGACAUUUCUUCGGUUUUAAUUGAGAUGAUGAGAAAGAAGUAUUUCGAUCUUCCACAACUACAAUACAUGCAAAUGGAUGUUAGGGAUAUGAGUAAAUUUCCUGAUGAAUCAUUUGAUUGUGCCAUUGACAAAGGUACUUUGGACUCUUUGAUGUGUGGUGUGGAGGCUCCUCUCAGCGCAGCUCAGAUGGUCCUGGAAGUAGACAGGCUUCUUAAACCAGGGGGAGUCUUUAUGUUGAUAACUUAUGGUGAUCCAUCAGCACGAAUUCCUCAUUUGAACCAGCCAGUAUGCAGUUGGAAAAUUUCACUGUACAUUCUGCCAAGACCUGGGUUCAAGGGAAAGACAAGAAGGUGCAAGGAUUAACAGGGAUAGGUUCUCCAACCAAAAACCACUUAGAGAUGCAAGAUUCAGAGUGAGCUGUUGAAUGAUUCGUCUCACAAUAUUUGUGCAUUGUUGCGCGUGAUGUUGCCACCAUUAUGGCCAUCCAAAGAUAGAAAGUGUGUUUUUGCACAUGUGUACAUUUUUUCAGUGAUCUUAUAAGAAUCAGCGAGUCACUAUAUUGUGUUA